AUGUUUAACAAAUCCUUUGGGACUCCGUUCGGAGGCAGCACUGGCUUUGGGACAACCUCCACCUUUGGGCAAAAUGCUGGCUUUGGCACCACGAGUGGAGGGGCCUUUGGAACAUCGGCCUUUGGCUCCAACAACAACACUGGAGGCCUCUUUGGGAACACCCAGGCAAAGCCAGGAGGAUUGUUUGGGUCCACCACGUUCAACCAGCCUGCAACAUCCUCCACCAGCACUGGCUUUGGCUUUGGGACAUCCACUGGGACAUCCAACAGCCUCUUUGGAACAACCAGCACCGGGGGUGGGCUCUUCUCCUCCCAGAACAAUGCCUUUGCCCAGAACAAGCCAGCUGGCUUCGGAAACUUUGGCACGAGCACCAGCAGUGGAGGCCUCUUUGGCACCACCAACACCACCUCCAACCCCUUUGGGAGCACGUCUGGCUCCCUCUUUGGCCCCACCAGUUUUACAGCUGCUCCAACUGGUACAACCAUCAAAUUCAACCCCCCGACCGGCACUGACACCAUGGUGAAGUCUGGAGUCAGCACCAACAUCAACACCAAGCACCAGUGCAUUACUGCCAUGAAGGAGUACGAGAGCAAGUCCCUCGAGGAACUCCGUCUGGAAGACUACCAGGCAAACAGGAAAGGGCCCUCAAAUCCUGUAGGAGCAGGAGCAGCUGCAGGACUGUUUGGCUCUUCCACUGCCACAUCCAGCACAGCCACAGGACUCUUUGGCUCCUCCACAACCAACACAGGAUUCUCCUAUGGACAAAACAAAACUGCCUUUGGAACCAGUACCACAGGCUUUGGGACAGGCACCACGGGAGGUCUCUUCGGGCAGCAGCCGCAGACCACGAGUCUCUUCAACAAGCCCUUUGGCCAGGCCACCACCACCCAGAACACAGGCUUCUCCUUCGGGGGCACCAGCGCCCUGGGGCAGCCCAACAGCAGCACCAUGGGUCUGUUCGGGGUGACGCAGCCCUCGCAGCCCGGGGGGCUGUUCUGCACCGCGACCAACACCAACGCUGGCAGUGGCUUUGGCACGGGGGCCGGGCUCUUCGGCCAGGCCAGCUCCGGCUUCGGCGUCGGUGGCUCGACCCUUUUUGGGAACAAACCUGCUGGAUUUGGCACCACCACGACCAGUGCUCCCUCGUUUGGCACCACCACGGGCGGAGGCCUCUUCG